UUUCGCUAAAAUAAAAUAAGAGCAAGGUCUUAGAGUAGUUCUUAGAUAAGACUAAGUAACUCUACUAAUGAGCUAGGUAAUUAUGUGGGCUUCUGCUACUAUAUAAGCAGAGGAAAAUAGCAGUAGAAGCAUAUACAAGCAGAAGUCUAGUUUUCUACGAAAUGUCUUUGCGAUCGGUUCUUGUUCUCUUGGCCAUCUUGGCUGUGGCUUAUGCCCUGCCCGUUUCUGAUGUCCCUCAGGAGGUUACAGAGGUUGCGGUGCCUGUGGAGGAGAAUUCAGGAACUCCCAUUGCUGGGGCCAAACCGCGUACUCUGUUCAUGAUUCUGCCGCUUCUCUUCCCUAAUCAGUUCUAUUUCUCUUAAAAUUGGUAGUUCAUCAAGUAAUCCAAGCAAUAAAUGUUGAUUGAUUAUGCAA